GGCGGCCGACCGACGGUCCGACAGAUAUGGAUGACAACGUGCGGAAUGGCCUGCAGGCCGAGCAGUGGCUGCCAAUGUUCGAGAAGGGAGAAAAGAGAGCGAGCUCGCUGGGCAGCGGAGCGUUCAGGUUCAUCCGCACGCGCAGCAGUAUCCGGCGGGAACUCAAGAGGCAGUGCAACAGAGGCAAGAACGGGGAUUCCUCGGCGGUUCAGGAGGCUGGCAACGGUAGCAGUGGCGGAGGAUUGGGAAAAUGGCUGCGCGAACAUUUGGGCGGCGGCUCGAAGGGCAGCCAGGACAGUGGCGUUCCCUCGAGGGCGAUCAGCGGCGCAGUGGUCGAGGGUCCUGGCAACGAGAAACCCUUUGGGAAGACCGUCUACGCUUCGCAAAAUCUCUACUGUAGCCUGCCGAGGGACCACGGUCGCCACGCUCACAACGGCGGCCGAAAGGCCGGCCACGGGAUCUCGACGAAGAUUCAAGGCUACGAUCGACAACGAUACGCCGGCGCGAACCAUCACGAGAAGAUCACCUUCAGCGACCUUGGUACAUUGACGAGGGGCGGGCCGAUCUACGGUAGCGAGGGGAAGACACUGAAGAAACGAAAUCGCGAUCGGCGGAGGCAUUCCCUGAACGAGAUCCACGAACAGGGCCGGCAACGUCGGAAGAGGUGUAUCCCGGAUGGCGGGGACGUUGGUUACACGAUGACGGAAUUGCAGCCGUCGUCGCCAGGAUAUCGAGUCCAGGAUGAGGCCCCGGGCCCACCUUCCUGUCCGCCGGGCUCCUACAAGUACGGGAGUCACGGCCACGGCAGCGAGACUGCCAAUUUCAAGAGUACCACGUCGUAUCCUCAGGAAAGCUAUGGCCUUAAGCAGAGUCCGUCUCGGACGGUGCCUUCUAACGAGUACUACCGGCGUAGAAACGACGGCAGGAGGUCCACGGAGAGCGAGCACGAGGCUAGCAACGCAGCCAAGAAGGCCACGGCUGCCGGUUACAACGAAAGUUACAAAAAGAAUACUGCGGGCUACAAGAACGAUAGCGGGUACAGCGAGAGCCUCGGAUUCGACAGUUACACGCUCCCUCUCAAUGAAAGAGACGAGGCGUCGCCACCGCCGACGCCGCCAGUCAGAGACGCGUCCAGCCUCAAAGGCGUUUGCUAUGGACCUGGCCACGAAAAGUAUCCCUCGUGGCCAAGCGCGCCGGAGAGGCACACUGACGAGGACGUUCACAAUUCAGGGCACAGUGGAUCCCAUCGUUCCAAAUCCUGGACCGAUCAUACCAACUACCCGAAGGAGAAGCCUGCCCAGUACACCAGACCGCACACGAAGAGGCCCAAUCCUACGUUCACGCAGCAGUUGAAAACGGUGAUGGAACGCUGCGAGAAGAUCCCGGCGGAGACUUUCGAGUCGCGGAGCAGAACCACCGUGGAGGAGGAGCCGAGAUUGUGGCCUCGCGUGGACCGCGAGGGCAAAGCUCUGGGCGAUGCGGAGUACGUGGUGCCAUCGCCCCCUGAACGUGAACAACAAAUCUCUCAGACCCUCAGCCACGUCGAUUUGGAAGCCUACGUUAGGAGCUAUCAAGAUCCUCAGGUGUCCCAGGUGGACAUUUACAGAGAGGCAACCCUGACGCAAGCGGGUCUUGAAGAGUACACGAGGGUGCAGCAUUCUCAGCAAGCUAGCUACGCACAAUCCGAAGGUUAUCACAGUUAUGUUUCCAGCGUUGACUCGACGACAAACACUCCGUUCCUCGACAGGUUGAGAAGAGACAGCGAGGCAGUAGCGCAGAGACCAACCUCCACUUGGGAGGACACAUCCAGAGAAGGAAGAGACAGCGUGGUGACGACGUCCAGCGGAAGCGCCUCGAGCAGCGAAACUCUGAAAUGGCACGGGUCAAUGUCGGACGUGAGCGUGUCCAGUGGUUUGCCGGCUCGACAAGGCGCCUCGGAUCGCUGGCACCACGGAUCGAUGUCGGACGUGAGCAGCAUGAACGGUGGAAUUUUGCCUCAGAAGCCCAACAACGGCUGCCACGACAAGUGGCAAGGAUCUAUGAGCGACGUCAGCACCAGUGGUCUGUCCCCGACGACCAAGGGCAGACUCAGCGAGAAAUGGCCGGACAAGUGGCAAGUUUCGAUGAACGAUCGCAACAAGCAGAGCCAGGGCAGAUCCAGCUUGCCGGCUGUGAUCAGUCAUUGCAACGCGUCGACCAACGUAGUGGACGUUUCGCCGAGCGUUCGAGAGAGCAAGUGGCAAGAGUCGAACAUCGACGAGGAAUCGCUGGUGGAUAAGUCUCAGUCGGGUUCUCAGUGGGACAAUUCGGUGAGGAUCGAGGGUGACAAGUACGGUUCGUUGGCUCAACCAAUGCCACAGAGUCCGAUGCGUCAGCACGUCGGUGCCACGACACCUCAGAGUCCGGAAAAUUGGAAUCCUAUCCACGGAUCGAUGUCGGACGUUAGCCAGACUAACGGGCAUCCAUGUAGCAAACAGUUGAUCGCUCACAGCGCCAGAGUUCAGACUCCGCAGAGACAUCAUUCGGAAAGUGUACUGUACUUGGAUCCUGAACGAAACCAACGCAAGCUGUAUCCUGUUAGCACUACUCAGCCUCAGGAAUCUACGCAAUCCUCAAGAAUGGCGCCAGCAUUGUCUCAGCAACCACAGAUAUCAGUGGCGGAGCGCAUAAACGAGUUAGAGAAGCAACAGCAACAGCAACAGCAGCAGAUGCGUUACACUUAUCUGGACCCAGAAAAGCGCCACAGAGUCUCCGACCCAACGUUAAAAGCCAUACAGAAGAAAGCUCUACUUUCUUUCUACGAGAGACAUCACCAGGCAUCUUGGAGAUCGGAGCCGCAAUUGGCCCAAGGAACAGCACCAGCGCCUCAAAGUCCUCCGCCUCAACCACCACCUCGUCCUAGACCGCCUUCCUCGAGGCGAGCCAGUUCCGCUUCCGAUUACGCCAGUGGCACCUGGCGGGAAAACGGGAAUAGGAAUCAGAACCAGGGUAACGGAGAGCUGUCGAGUCCGAAGCAUCAGCACAGCAACAGCUGUGGUAGUCUUUCCACGGACUUGCUGGGUCCUGUGAUAGUUGGGCCAGCUAUAUCGAUCGACGACUGGGUGCCAGAGAGACCACCGAAGAAGCCACACUUGAGAAACGUUUACAACGAUCGCGUACCCAGUCCCGAUUUACCACCGCCGUCUCCUCCAACAGUGACCGAGAACGAAGUUCACGAUUGCGACGAUCCGUUGCCGCCUCCUCCGCCUGAGCUCAGCGAAGACUGUUUCACCGAGAAUCAGCGCAAGCUCACCACUGGCAAUGCUCACCACCAGUCUGAGGAGGCAAAGAUUCGCGACAGAUCUUGCGACAGACACAAGUUAGAGAGACACUCGGUGAGAAGGUCGAAGCACGGUUCCAAGAGGGAUCACGAAAAAUCUGGAAAGUCCUCGCCGAAUUCGCCGGCGAAAACGUCGGUGUCCCAGGAGCAGGAACAACAUCAGUUCGUCAGAGCUGCCGUGGCACUGAAGCACGUCGAUUCCGAGAUGGUGUUGGAGAACGGUGUCUCAGCUGGAUUCGCCACGCACAGAAUGGUGGCUACCGGUCGAUCCAGUUUGCGAUACCCGUCGACGCAGAAGUUGAUGGUGAAUGGAAGAGUAACGCCAGCCAGGAGAAUAUCGGAAGAACGGCCUUUCUCCGGCAGGCCCCCAGCUCAACUACCUGAUCUCAUCUCGCAGCGAUACAGCGACUCUGGCAACCAGAGACCUGCCCCUCAAGUACCCGUGGAACCGAGAAUCAUUCGGCAAGAAUCGAUGCGAGUGGACGGCACGCGACUCGACGUUUCCGGCUUGCUUAGAAACGACUCUGCCCAGAGAUUGGAAUCCUCUUCUGGUCAGAGACCUCAGCCACAAGUGCCCAAAAACGUUGACAAAAGUGGUUCGGGCGGCAAUCAGUCGAAUCAAGCAACGAGACCCAACUAUCUGCCUGUUUCCGAGAGUUCCAAAUGCGCAUCCAAGUAUCUGGAAAGCGGAAGCCACGGUUUUACGAUCGGUAGUCCGGUAAAGACGGGCUACGAGGCCAAUUCUAAAAUGUUCCCGUCAGAGUCGAGUCCUCAGAAGUACCACGAGCCGCCGAAAUACGUGCCCAAUCAUCACCAACGUCACGGAGACGUAACACAGAGGAACUACUACGCCCUGCCACCCAAAUACAUGGACGCGCCGAAACAGAAGCCACAACCUCAAUGUCCCACGGAUAGAUACGGCGGCAGUGGAUCGCCUAGUUCACCUCCUCCGCCUCUUGCGCCGCGACAGAACACACCGGGCAGGAAAUCGUUGCCACCUCCGCCGCGGCCGGCUCCUCCACACGCGCUGCAAGGGAGCCAGUCGAAGGCCUCUUACCUGGCGUAUCGUCGAGAACGAGGAGCGCCCGACACCGAGGGCAGUUACAAGAGAACCAUGUCACCGACGUCUCGGCUAGAGGACUGGCCACCGCCGCGGGAUCACGACGAUCCGGUUCUUCUGCGCGUCACGCCUCAUCAUCCGUUGCAGCACCAUCACCAUCACAACAAUCACCAUUCGCAGCAGCCGGAACUUUCCAAGUCUCACAGCGUGGACGCUCUUCAUCAUCGUUUGGAGGAACGGUCCGCGCAGCAGCAGCAACAGCAACAACAGCAGCAACAACAACAACAACAACAACAGCAGCAGCAGCAGCAACAACACUCGACAGAAGUGAUCGGAAAAUUGUCGCACGAUUUGAACAAGAAACUGCAGGCAAGCGAGGCGAGAUCGCGAACCAGCGAGAAUAAUAAUAACGAUAACCUAGAGGAUCGACAUCAGCAGCAUCACCACCAUCACCACCAUCAUCAUCAUCAUCAGGAGAAGAGGCACGAUUAUGAGCAACGUAGGGAACGGCUGUCGCCCCAGAGCGUCGAGGUCCUUAACGACAGGAACCGACAGCUGGAACGCGAACGCAGGAAGCUGGCGGCCAGUUGCGAACCCCUACCUCAUAACAGAGAGAAACAGAGUCGGAGCAUGGACGUGUCCUCGUCAGUCGAAGAGGACUUCUUCCGCGAGCGAAGCGCCACCAUCGAAAUGACCUCGAAGAACAUCGAGCUGCUUAAUCGGCGUAACGAGAAGAGAACGAACGCCACGUCGACGUCGACCAACGCGAUCACUGCCUACAUCACCACGUCGUCGGCGUCUACUACAAUGGCGAUCACGACGGACAGCUGUUGGGCACGAGGUCACGAGGUUCACAGUUCUAUCGAGGCAUCGCCCGUGUCGGACAGGCCUCCAGCGCCGACCAAUUCGCCGCCGAGGACGCCGGAUCAGAUCGAGAGAGACAGUUCGAAAGGCGCGGUGCGCAGACGAUCCGGAAGCUGCUCCAGCUCCUCGUCCGGUAGAUCGUCGGACCCUCGAGUUUCGCCGAGGAUUCUGUCCAACAGUUUCUCUAAGACCGAGAACUCUUCUCCCAGCAACAGAAAGGUCUCCAGUCCCACUCAAACGGACAACACCGGUUCCUCGAACAGAGGAUCCAGCCCGCCCGUUCGUUCGAGCCAAACGAACGAGAUUGAGCUGAGAGUGGACAGGACUUCCUCGUCGAGCAAGUCGAGAUCCGGCGGCAGGUCCUCGAUCUCCUCGAUCUCGAGCGCGUCGAAAGCUUCCUCGUCGUCGUCGUCGAGGAAUUCCCCGGUCGAGGAAGACAGGCCUUCUCCGCCGGUGUCACCGUGCAUGUCGCCUCAGCCGGGAAUCGAGGGGCUGACUUUGGUGCAACGUACGGAGGUUGUCCUUCGAGUGAACACUGCCACCAGCGACGCUGCCUCGCAGACCGACAUGUUGGAUCAAACGGAGCCCGAAACGCCGGCCAAAACUCAGGAAAUUCCUCCCUCCAGGAAAAAACUGCCGGAAGAAAUCGAAUGCGAGGAACUCGGCAAGGACUUGGCGAGCCAGCUGAGUCCGAACGACAAGCUGGUACCUCUCCUAGUUCCAGCGCCGGAGCACAAAAAGCCUACCGACUACGUCACCGGUCUGUUCAGGAUGGAGGCGACCUUGCAGCCGCGACCUAGGCGCCGACUCUCCCUCGAGGAACCAACGACCCCGUGCUCCGACAGCGGAGACGACGAGAAAAAGCACGAGACGACGAUACCCUCGACCCCGGUCACACCGUUAUCGGCAGACUCAACCAGUCCUCUGUCCCCGACGUCGGCCUACUUCACCACGUCCGAGGGCAAAGCGAGGUUCCUCACGAGAUACUCGCGCGAAGUGACGAUCGAGGGAUUGACGCGGCAGGAAGACUCGCCGCCUGUCAUUCCCACUGACAGCCUUGAUCUCAGACAGAAAAAGGAAGAGCUGAUGAUGAGGCUGGACAAGAAGUUGGUGGUCCUAAGAGCCGAGCAGGAAGCGGUACGCGAGGAGGGAGAGGUGAACGAGGCAUUAGGGGCGCGAGUUGCCACGAGAAUCUCCGCGGUCGCGAGACCAGCCGAAGCUUCCAAGUAUCGUCUCCACGUGGAGGAAGUGGGCAAGAUCACGAGUCUUCUUCUUGGCCUGAGCGGCAGGUUGGCUCGAGCUGAGAACGCUCUUUAUGGAAUGCCGGCUGAUCAUGCGGAAAGGAAAAUUCUGGAGGGCAAGAGGGACAAGUUGCUGGAUCAGCUGGAGGAAGCGAAAGUUCUAAAGAGCAACAUCGACAAGCGUAGCGUGAACGUAUCGACGAUCUUGUCGAAGUACCUGAACGAAGAAGAGUUCGCGGAUUAUCAACACUUCAUCAACAUGAAGGCGAAACUGAUCGUGGACGGCCGUGAGAUCCAGGACAAAGUGAAGCUCGGUGAGGAGCAGCUAGCCGCGCUGAGGGAAGCGAUCGACUAGUCGUAAAACAAAUGCCAGCCCUCAGAUCGCGAUCUGAGCAGGGACGCGUGAUUAUGCCUGGUAACGCGUGUUCCCUCGAGCAUGAUGUGGUUUCUUUUUACGAUAAGAAGGGGCACGCGAACAGAUCCAGCGGAUCUUGCAAUCAUCGAAUUUUGUAAACGAUCCUGCAAACGAACGCGUGUGUUCGAAUCGAUGAAUGGAACGUGAUAUCCCUAGCGUGUAGGUGUAUCGGUAGCUUGAAAUCGUCCUUUUCCUUUCUCCUUGGAAGCACGCGUAUUCGUUGUACAUAUCCUUCGAAUUCUCGCCGGACCAAACGUCGAGAAAACGUCUUUGCAAGAAUACCUUUAUGCGAAAAUCAAGUCGAUGAUGACACGACGACAAAUGAUCUAGAAGAUUCAGAGACGGCCUCGAGUGGCUAGUCGUUGCGAAACUCUCACAUUGACCGUAUCGCGUGGCGGAGGUUGAGAAUCGAGUGUCGAAAUAGGUGCCACGAAUACACGUUGCGUUGAUAAAGCAACGAACUGAAAGUAAAGAUUUGUUUUUUUUUUGUGUGUGUAUUUUUUUCUUUUUUCUUUUUACGUAAAAUUAUGUGAUACAAAAUUGAUCAUUAACGAUCAAAUUUAUUCGAUCCGAGUGUAAUUUCCGGUUAACGUGGUUUUUUUUUGUGUACACGGAUAUAUUGGGAAAUUUUAAUAUAUUGCAAUUAUACGUUAUUUCUCGGUGAUAGAGUUACAGAGUAUGUCAAAGGAAAGAGAAGCUCGAAGAGCGGGUCGCUCUAUAACACGUCUAGACAUGUUCCGUUCAUGGUAAAGCUUGGAUGAACGCCACUGAAAGCAAACACAGUGUACAGUUUCCGGACCUUUCCAUUGUCUGGUUAUAUAUAACGUCAGCGGCGACCAAGCCACGGAAACAUUCUCGACCUAGAAUUACUUCUGGUGCCUUCUUAUAUACGAUAUGUGAUAUAAAGGGUAAGGAAUCACGUGCUCGUCAGACACAUAUAACUAUAUCCGAACAAUACAGGCAAACCAAGCGACGUUGUAACGUGUAUAUAAUUAUAAAAGAUGAAACAACCUAGCGUUUAAGUGAUGUUACAUUGUAGGAAACGCAAACACACACACACACACACACAUACAUUCACAUAUACAGAUCAACACAGAGGAAAGUUUACGCAAUGACACAGGUGCGCGAACGUGCGCAAAGUAUGCAUUCACGAUCAUUCUACAUACUAUAUACAUGCUCACGUAUACAACGAUUACUAUUUUUUAUGUUUUUGUUCUAACCCCAGAGACUCUCGGGAGCCUCUAUGACGCUUGUGAUUUUACUUACUUCCGUACGACCGUACCAAGGACUCUCGAAAGCGAACGUGUCAAAAGUGUGAAUGAUUUCGAGCCUCCAUGGUGGUCUUGCGAAAAAUUUUAUGCCUCGGUCGUUCUCCAGAAGCUAUUCGUCGCCCCUCCUCCCGCCUUGCCAACCCCUUUUUUUUUCUUAUCCUUCCUUUUAACCUACUCCGUUCUUGCGUACGCUCCUAGCCUUCUUCGUUUCGACGAAUCCGAGAACGAAGAAGACGCGGCGGAGAAUCCGACGUAAAGGAUCCUCCGGUUUUUUGAGCUCGGUAAUGAGAUAUUUACUGUUAGACUCAAAGAUCUCGAGAUGGAAUCUGUCUCCUGUUGCUCGUUCCAACGAAAGAUUCGCCGUGUGAUUGAUCACGUCCGAAGUUGAAGUAAAUGAGCAUAUGCUGAAAUAUCUGACAAUAGUACAGUGAAAAUCGAGAUUAAGGUCGAAUAAAAAUCGUCUGUAAUACUUUCGGAUCAUUAAAUCUACCAACGACUGUUGUAACUGUUGCCUCAAUUUCUAACGAUCGAGUAUCGCGGAACUCCGCUCGAUGGAAAAAAGAACCUAGCGCGGAUUAAUGUAACGUCGUCGAACAAAUUGGAAAAAGAUCGUAAAUUAGAAAGUGAUCAGCAGUCGAUCGAAUCGUUUCGCGCGGAACGAGAAGGACGAGCAAAAAGCGAAAUUGUAAGCGCACGUGAAAGACUGAGCACAGGGCAUAAAAUUUUGCGACAACAUUAUAGUCAGUUUCUGUUCCUCGUUUGUUUCUCGAUUGCUCGCAAGAUAUCGCGCUGACACGGCGGUGAUAUUUGUAAUCUAUCCGACCGACCGAAAACUAGCCACAUUUUGUGCGUUACAGCGUCGCGAUUCAUCGUGGUGGCUCGCGACUACGACACGGUAAAUUGUAUAUAAGAAAUCGAGUUGAUUCAAAGAUUAAAAAAGAAAAAAAGAGGAAGAAGACGAAGAAGAAGGAAAAAAAGGAAAUGAAAAAGAAUAAAAGAAGAAAAAAGGAAGACGUUGACGAUGAAGACGACGAAGAAGAAACCAUGGUGCUUUGCAUAAUCUAUUUUUUACGAGAAAAAACGUUCCAUUACUGCGUAGGAUAUACUUACUUGUACGCUAAGUUCAUUGAAUAUUUAAUAGUGUCCCCCCUUUUCAUCUUUUGUGUAAAUAUUCUUUACAAGCAUAAACAACAUUAGUUUUUAACGUGAUGCGAGAAAAAAUCGUUUGAUGAUACAGUUUACACGCUGCAUACACACUGAUACGCGCGUCACAUACACGUAAUCGGCGACGCUAGGUCGUUGUGUUAGUCUGACAAUAUUAUCGCAUAUUUCGAAUAUAUUACGAAAUCAUUACGAUAACUAUCUUUCUCAAACUCGCUUGCAAUAAAUAAUACGUUGGAAAUUGA